AUGGUAUUCUGGGAGGGCGAGGGGCAGGAACUGGUCUUGGACGAGGAAUUCAAAAGGCGUUUAUGGGAGGAUUUGGAUGAGAUAGUGUGUGGUAUCCCGCAUACUGAGAAUCUUUUCAUAAGAGGAGAUUUCAACGGCCAUAUUGGAGCGACGUCUUGGGGGUAUGAUGAUGUGCAUGGUGGUUUCGGUUUUGGAGAUAGGAACGGAGGAGGAACUUCUCUGUUAGACUUUGCUAAAGCGUUUGAUUUGGUGAUAGCAAACUCGAGUUUCCCGAAGAAGGUGGAAUACUUGGUAACCUUCCGGAGCUCGGUGGCCAUGACUCAAAUUUAUUAUCGUCUUUGCAAGAAGUCCGAUAGAGGUCUUUGA